AUGAUGCAUCCUCCGGUCUCACCUGGCAGUAGUAACGUGUUAGUAAACGGUGGGAAGGCUGCUGCUGCUCCUGCUGGGCCAGAGCGUGCGUCAAUUGAUGCCAUCCCACAUCAAUCCAAAAACUCCAGUAGGCCUGCCGAGACUGUGGGGAAUUGUAUCGAUGACAAAAGCCACGGUGCUGGCAAGAUGCAGAACAAAGACACUGGGGUGCAGAAGCCGGAGACUCCCAAUGGACGGCAACCCCCACGGGCUACCCCGACACAUAUAUCAGAUAUAAGAUUACCGUCAAAUAAAGCUAAUGGUGGAACCUCGACAGGUGGCUUUGUUCCACUCCAACUUACAUCUCCCACAGAAGCGACUGACUACGAAGGAAGAUUGGUAUUAAACGAAAUAGACAUGGCUGCCAAAUCGCCAACAGAGCCGCCAGCACCGGUAAUAAUUAAAGGGGAUCAUAAGAAGGCUGACCCAAAAAAUGGCACAAAAGUUAAGACACCCCCAACUACGCCACCAAAGAAUGAGAAACAACAAACGCAGAUACCAACAAAUAUGCCUUCGACAAUAUCACCUGCUCCAGCUGCGCCAAAUGGCACGUCUUCGGGACCUCCUGAUCCCAAUAGCGGUGCACCAUAUAUCGAAGAUAGCGACUCAGAGGACGAGGAGCUUCAGGAAUUGUUAACGCAGAAACGGGACCAAAUUAGACGGGACAUCGCCCAUUAUCAAAGAUCUAAGGAAAUGGAACUCCUGGUAUACGAGAAGCGUCUGCGGGACGACCACAUGAGACGGAAACGGAGGAAACACGCACAAGUCAAUGGCAACUCCGUAGCUACCGGGUCUCCCCGCACCUACUAUAGCCUUAGCACCAAGAGCAAUAUCGGCACUUUACCCGGCUAUCUGCCUCUUACACCUACUCUAGGUGGCACUACCCCAGCACGACCAUCCGGGUUACGGAAUAUGGUGGAGAACAGAACAGAUGAAGUUUCCAAGAAGCCUGAAGGUACUGAAAAGGUAUCCAGAGAUGUGGUGGUGCCAGCCGAUCGGCUAGACAAGCUAGAAGCUAGCGCGGAGACGAUACCUGAGAUAGUUAUGAAGUCGCCUCCUAACACAAAGGCUACUAGUAAGCCGCACAAGGGCUCCCCCGCUAUAUCCCCCGCUAUAUCCCCUUCCCCAAAUCACCAUUCCAUACCACCUCAAGCACCCACGGGCGCAAAGCUAUCGGCCUCCGCUCUCAAAGCCCUUGAAGCAAAUGAGAAGGCCCCAUCAACACUCCCUAGUAGUCUGAAAAGUACAUCAAGUUGGACUAGUGGGAGUGGCAAGGAUAGCAGAAGGAGUAGCGUCAAUGAUAAUAAACCAAAGAAGAACAAGCACGUUGUUUUUCAGUUGGAAAUUGAGGGUGACUUUUUCCGGUUUCACCCGGAUGGGGAGGAAAUACCAAUGGAUCCCGAAGAGAGGGAACGCCUGAGAACUGAAGCUCUUAGUGCUGACUUGGAUGACUAUGACUCUGACUCUGAAUCAGAUUAUCUCGAAUUCAAGGUUCCCUCAAGCAAAGCGACACAAAAACCACAAGAGCAAGAUACUGGGUAUAAUUCGGUUGAGGUCCUCAAAGAAGCCCUAAAUGCUGUUGGAAAGCCCAACAAAGGACCAGAGGAUCCCGAUUGGAUAUCAACAAAACCUGUUGUGGAACCUAAAGUCCACAGGAGCGCGAAAUCGACGGUAUCUGAUGACAGCAUAGACGAUGACGUAUUCGAUCUUGACGAGGAGCUUCCUUAUGACCCGCCAACGGCUACAGCGGAGUUUGCAAGUGGCUCGUUGGAGGAUUCGGUCAUGAGCCUUGGUCUCCCCCUGGCCCCACCGCCUCCACCGCCCCCAAGUGGUUCUGGGCUUGCCCUGCCUCCUUCUUUUGGGCCCGGUAGAGCAGGUGGCACGUUCGCUGAUACUUUGGCUUAUAUUCAAGCCUAUCAACAAGCGGGCAUAUCAAGAGGAUCGUCGGUAUCCGGUUCCUACCUAUCUUCAUCAUUUCCGAGAAAUAGCUUUGGAAGUAGUUCUUGGCGAGAAUCGAAUGCACCCGCACCGCCUCGUCCCUCUUCCUCUCAUGGGUCGUCAUCUGGCCCAUCUGCACCAGUUUCUAUAGGACGACGAGCAUCCGGCGGAGUAGACCUGGUUACCGCGCCUACAUUGGAGAUGCUCUCAUCUUCUAUUUCGGGUAGUGUUGGACAAACUAGCACAACCCUUAGUGGUAGCCUUCCUAUCGGUUCUGGUUUCAGGCGUAGAAGCGUUACGAAGUACGACAUACCAGACGAAGAUGUUAAGGACAGCUCCGCCUCGUCGUCAGUUACUUCGAAGAGCGAUAUUCUCGCUGAAGUUGAUGCCAAACCGAAGCCAGUCAUCCCUUCCCAAAUAUCAAUGCCGGCCCCUACUCGGAAAUCCAUGUCCGGUAGGACUCUUUCUGAAGAGGCACGCAAGGCAUCUCCGUACGGCACAAGCGCUCCGAUAACCAUUCCACCCCGAAGCGCAUCGGUACCACCAAUAGUGACAGAGACGGUAGUGGCUCCGGAGCAAGCGAAGGACGAUGUUCCCAAAGAGGUAGUAAGCGGCAGACCUAGUCCUCAAUCAUCUAACACGACCGAGAAAUCUAACCAAGCCCCCACGGCGAAAGCCCGAACUGAAGCUCAAAAGAAACCUGUCCUUCCGCCAACUUCUGUUGAAAAAGUUUUGGAGGCAACCACGGAAGCUUUAAGCAAAAGCACUCUACCAUCAUCAGGUGGCGGGAAGCCAAAACGGGAACAUAAGAGUGGCAGUCGAAGUGGAUCAUCUACUCCGAAGAUUGGGAGCUAUAGCAAGAAAUCACCGAGUUCGAGAUCUAAGAAAGCAGAAGUUAAACCAGAACCCUGGCACGGAACCAUUGUCCAAUCUUUCCCGACAGAUAUCGGCAACAAAAGUCUCACUCAUGAUGCUGCACAAGCGGUAUCCUCGCCCGGAUGGAACAGCUACAGCUCUGCUUCUUUACUGUCUUCUUCUCUCCCGAAAUACGCUUCUGGUGCCAGUACGUCCACUUUUACUACAAAUCCAAUCACUGCGCUCCCAGGCAUCAAGAGCUAUUCUCCGACUUCUCCUGCGCUCGCAUCAAGCUCGCCCCGAAAAGGUCCAAUUACUUUGGCUCCCGGCCCUAGAUAUUCUUCCGCUGUCGCCGAGGAAGCAGCCGCAACAGUCGAAGCCAAUGGUCUAUCAAGCGCAAGCGUUGUUGGACGCCCUGACCUUCGGAUGGAUGUAAAAGCCGCCAACAGGAACAGCCUGGUAUUCACAGAAACUGGACCGGAGAGCCUUAAGGAGAUCCUUCUAAGCAAAGAACCUGGUUCUUUAAGCCUGAGUGCACGACUAGCACUAGAAGAAGCGGGCCAAUCUACCGGUCCACUUGCCAAAAAGUAA